CCAUUACUUUGGUGAAGCGCCGGGAAACAUUUCGUAGUCUUCAAGCUCCCGAAGCUUUACCAUGAACUACAGGUUUCAGAACCUCCUCGGAGCUCCAUACAGGGGCGGGAAUGCCAUUGUCGUCAACAACACACUUCUUAUAUCACCAGUUGGCAAUCGUAUCUCUGUAACAGACCUCGUGAAAUCAGAAACUAUAACUCUUCCUUGUCAAGCCUCCUCAAACAUAUCCAGAAUUGCUGCCUCUCCUGACGGCGUAUUCCUUCUCGCCGUUGAUGACAACUCCCGCUGCCUCUUCAUCAACCUACGUCGCCGUGCUGUACUUCAUCGCAUCGCCUUUAAGAAUCCCGUGGCAUCCGCGAAGUUUAGCCCGGAUGGCUCGUUCAUCGCUGUCGCCUCCGGCAAGUUAGUUCAAAUAUGGAGAUCCCCGGGGUUCAAGAAGGAGUUUUUCCCGUUCGAGUUGGUAAAAACUUUCGCUAAUUGUAAUGAUAAAGUUACUGCACUUGAUUGGAGUCCUGAUUCAGAGUAUUUGUUGGCUGGUUCGAAGGAUUUGACGGUUAGGCUUUUUUGUCUGAAGAAAUUAAGUGGUUCAAACAAACCUUUUCUGUUUUUAGGUCAUAGAGAUAUUAUCGUAGGUGCAUUUUUUGGUAUUGAGAAGAAAACGAAACAAGUUUCUAGGGCUUACACUGUAUCACGCGAUGGCGCAAUUUUUAGCUGGAGUUAUACGGCGAAAGAUGAAACACCAGAUGAAAUACCUUCACCUGGCACUCCUGAACAAACCAUGGAAGUGGAGCAAACUAGUAAUGCGAAGAAAAGAAAGAAUGCCCACGCCAUUAUUGAUGAAGAAACUUCCACUUUGUUGCAUACAGCAAAGUGGGAAUUGUCUAAGAAGAAUUUCUUUAUGCAAACCCCAGCAAAGCUAACAUCCUGCGAUUAUCACAGAGGUUUGGAGAUCGUGGUAGUUGGAUUCUCAAAUGGUGUUUUUGGCCUAUAUCAGAUGCCUGAUUUUGUUUGUAUACACUUGUUAUCUAUAUCUAGAGAGAAGAUCACAACUGCUACUUUUAAUGAUCUUGGAAACUGGUUAACAUUUGGCUGUGCUAGACUUGGACAAUUGCUUGUGUGGGAGUGGAAGUCCGAAAGCUAUAUAUUGAAGCAACAAGGACAUUACUUUGAUGUCAACACUCUUGCAUAUUCCCCCGAUUCACAGCUCUUAGCUACUGGUGCAGAUGAUAAUAAAAUCAAGGUCUGGACUGUGUCAUCAGGCUUCUGUUUUGUGACUUUUUCUGAGCAUACAAAUGCAGUUACUGCACUUCAUUUCAUGGCUAGCAACCAUUGUUUACUGAGUGCAUCCCUUGAUGGAACUGUUCGCGCUUGGGAUCUGUUCCGGUAUCGUAAUUUUAGGACAUUCACUACCCCUUCUUCUAGACAGUUUGUUUCUUUAGCAUCAGACCAAAGUGGUGAAGUGAUUUGUGCAGGAACGCUCGAUUCAUUUGAGAUCUUUGUUUGGUCAAUGAAAACCGGGCGACUGUUGGAUGUUCUAAGUGGACAUGAAGGUCCAGUUCAUGGAUUAAUGUUUUCUCCAACAAGUGCGAUUCUUGCAUCAUCAUCAUGGGACAGAUCUGUUCGUUUAUGGGAUGUUUUUGAUGGAAAAGGUUCAGUAGAAACAUUCACUCACACACACGAUGUUCUUACAGUUGUUUAUCGUCCAGAUGGGAAGCAAUUAGCUUGCAGCACAUUAGAUGGACAAAUUCAUUUCUGGGAUCCCAUUGAUGGCUUGUUAAUGUACACCAUUGAGGGGCGUAAAGACAUUGCUGGAGGACGCCUAAUGUCUGAUCGUAGGUCAGCAGCCAAUUCCACUUCAGGAAAAUGCUUCACAACAUUAUCUUAUUCAGCUGAUGGAAAUUACAUUUUAGCUGGUAGCAGCAAAUACAUCUGUAUGUAUGAUGUCGCUGACCAGGUAUUGCUGCGGAGAUUCCAAAUAACUCUAAAUCUGUCUUUGGAUGGAGUUCUUGAUGUUUUAAAUUCAAAGAACAUGACAGAUGCUGGUCCUUUGAAUUUAAUCGAUGAUGAUAACAGCGAUGUUGAUGAUGGUGUUGAGAAACAAACACGGGUCAAGUCGGGUUAUGACCUGCCCGGAUCUAUGCCUAAUCGCGGGCGGCCUAUUGUACGAACAAAAUGCCUACGAAUCGCGCCCACGGGCCGUAGUUGGGCAGCUGCAACAACCGAAGGGGUUUUAGUUUACUCCAUGGAUGAUAAUUUCAUAUUUGACCCUACAGAUCUUGACAUAGACGUCACACCAGAGGCAGUUGAAGCGGCACUUAAGGAAGAUCAGCCAAGUAGAGCUUUGAUUCUGAGUUUAAGAUUAAAUGAAGAUGAAUUGAUUAAAAAGUGUAUUAUUAGUAUUGCUCCUGCGGAUAUAAGAGUGGUGGUUGCAUCGGUCCCGUUUAAAUAUUUAAAUAGAUUAAUCAUGGCUUUCGCUGAGCUUCUAGAAAAUUGCCCUCAUCUGGAGUUUAUUCUUCGAUGGUGUCAGGAGCUUUCUAAAUGUCACGGACACUCGAUUCAGCAAAACUCGAGGAAUUUGCUGCCUGCUCUGAAGUCGUUGCAGAAGGCGAUUACAAGGUUACAUCAAGAUUUAGGAGACACGUGUGCUUCUAAUGAGUAUUUGCUUCGAUAUUUAUGUUCUACAAGCUCUAAGCCAUGAGCUUUAUUAAGAGUUGCUAAAAUGGCGAUUUUGUUAUAAAAGCCUUUGGGUACGGAUGCUGUUGUAAUUUUAUUAAGGUGGAAUUUUGCUUUUUUUUUUU